AUGGCCCACAAAAGUGAAGAUUUAUUUGACUGUAUUCUCAUGGCUGACGACAGGUAGGCUAAACACUGCCUUGCUCUAGUUUAUUUAGCUAGCUAACGUUAACUAGCUAGCCAGUACUAGCAUGACGCCUGUCUGUUUAUAGUUAACGUUAGCUAGCUAGUUAGAGUUGGAACAAUGUUCAUUGAUUAACGUAUGAGUUUUUAUUAAUUUCAGGUUCCAUGGAGAGGGGUACCGCGAGGGGUUCGAUGAAGGCACGCGACAAGGAAUGAUUGAUGGUCGUAAACAUGGAGCAUCACAUGGCGCCAAGCUUUCAAUGGAGGCAAGUUGAGCAUCACUCACCCAAGGUCAUGUCUAAAUUGACGUCAAAAGUUGAUAUUUUUUUGCAUUUGAGCUAAACCUAACGAUUUGCCUAACCUUAACCUAAUUAUCCUAACAUGCUACGUUAAUUAUCGUAACCUACCGCGUAAAUUCUAACAUGCUACAAAAAGUCAAUUCUGACAUAAACUGUAAACCAUCUAGUCAACAAAAUUACACAUUGGUUUCUUUACCCUGUAAGCAGUCUAUGGACAAGGUAUGACAGCAAUCCAUGAUUUGGUUUAGUUUCGCUGGCACUGCUUCCCCAUGCUAACGUUCUUCCAAGUCGGGAAUGGAGUAAGUAUCAAAUCAAAUUUUAUUGGUCACAUGCGCCCAAUACAACAGGUGCAGACAUCACAGUGAAAUGCUUACUUGCAGCCCUUAACCAACAGUGCAUUUAUUUUUAACAAAAAAAGUAAAAAUAAAACAACAACAAAAAAAGUGUUGAGAAAAAAAAGAGCAGAAGUAAAAUAAAUUAACAGUAGGGAGGCUAUAUAUACAGGGGGGUACCGGUGCAGAGUCAAUGUGCGGGGGCACCGGCUAGUUGAGGUAGUUGAAGUAAUAUGUACAUGUGGGUAGAGUUAAAGUGACUAUGCAUAAAUAAUUAACAGAGUAGCAGCAGCGUAAAAAGGAUGGGGUGGGGGGGCAGUGCAAAUAGUCAGGGUAGCCAUGAUUAGCUGUUCAGGAGUCUUAUGGUUUGGGGUAGAAGCUGUUGAGAAGUCUUUUGGACCUAGACUUGGCACUCCGGUACCGCUUGCCGUGCGGUAGCAGAGAGAACAGUCUAUGACUAGGGUGGCUGGAGUCUUUGACAAUUUUGAGGGCCUUCCUCUGACACCGCCUGGUAUAGAGGUCCUGGAUGGCAGAAAGCUUGGCCCCAGUGAUGUACUGGGCCGUACGCACUACCCUCUGUAGUGCCUUGCGGUCGGAGGCCAAGCAGUUGCCAUACCAGGCGGUGAUGCAACCAGUCAGGAUACUCUCGAUGGUGCAGCUUUAGAAUUUUUUGAGGAUCUGAGGACCCAUGCCAAAUCUUUUCAGUCUCCUGAGGGGGAAUAGGCUUUGUCGUGCCCUCUUCACGACUGUCUUGGUGUGUUUGGACCAUGAUAGUUCGUUGGUGAUGUGGACACCAAGGAACUUGAAGCUCUCAACCUGUUCCACUACAGCCCCGUCGAUGAGAAUGGGGGCGUGCUCAGUCCUCUUUUUUUUCCUGUAGUCCACAAUCCCAUUGCCAAGUAAAGGUUGGUUUAAAAUUCUCUGUGCUAUGCUUAACAUGACCUACGUAAUAACGCCUAUCAUCCAGCUGGAACAGUAAUAAUGACUAGUAACUAUUUUUAAUAGCUAGUCAAAACCCCAGGGCAGACAUGGCAAGCCAGUGUUGUUACAGCAGCUGAUUGCUACUCAGCUGAAGUCAUACAUAUGAUUUUGUUAAAUGCACAUUACAUGUAUAUGCUUACUGGUUUGUGAAAACAGCUUAGUUAAAUAAGUGUGAUUUGUGUUUUUACAACUCAUUUCUCCCCAACUACAGAUAACUUUCUAAACUACUCACCUCAUUUUAUAGGUUUCCUUCUAUUAUGGAUUUGGAAUCACUUGGAAAUGCCUUCUUCAAAACAACACAGAUGUGAAGUCCAGGUUUGACCUCUCAUCAGCAGUAAUAAAAUACCUAUCAACUCAUUAGUCACUUGUUCCUGUUGACUUUCAUGCAAAUAAAAUGAUCUUCAGUUUGUCUAUUUUAUGUUUAAGAAAAAGGCUGAAAGCUUUGGAAUCUCUUCUUGGGUUGAUUCAAAAGUUCCCCCAUGAAGAACCUCAUUAUGAAAAUCUCCAGGAGGACAUGGAGAAGGUUCGGGCCAAGUUUAGACAGGUAGGACUAUCUCACUCAAACCACAAGUCAAUUGUGUGAAUAAGCUCUUAGAAACAAACAAAUGGUUGACUCAACCAUUUUUCAAUGUGAAGGUUCAUGGCCUUUAGAUUAUCCAUGACCUAAACUGACCACUGGUUAGCAGUGUUUUUCAUGCUCUUAUUUUGAUGUCUAAACUAAUGUCUACUGAAAAACAAGGUACUGAUCUUUGGCUCUCCUUAAUCUCUUUCACCUUUAGGUCUGCUCUCUUUUAAAUGUGCCAACAGACUUCAGUGAUUAUGUGAAGACUGGAGGGUCUGGAGGGAUAUCCUUCUGA